GCGUGAGUACCAUGAAAAGACAACCGUUACCUCAAGGGUGUCCCUAUUGAAAAAGUUGUGUAACCUGAACCUGGGCGAAAUCGGUGAUAUGGACCGCCAUCUUAUGCAGGUUGAUGAACUCUUCGAUCGACUCACAAUUGCGGGACAAGCAAUGGAAGAAUCGCUUAAAAUCGCCAUGAUCUGGCAGAGAUUGACUGUCAGAGAGAGAUUGACUAUCAGAGAGAGAUUGACUGUCAAACUGAGUGGAUGUGCCUUCCUCGUGCUCCUGAUUUUAUACGCUGUUUUGCCGUGUUAUUUCUGGAAUCUCAACAUUUUCAACAGUGGUGCUGCUGAGUUGUUCGUACUGGCUAGUGCGUGCCUUCGAUUAAUAUAAAGCUGCUUCUGUUUAUUCAACAUUUUUGCCGAGAAAGUGUUUGGCUUCGUUUCUGCUCCUGCCACUCAUCAGAUUGUGCUGAGUCAUCGUUAUGCAGUGCUCAACCUGCAAUGCACCCACCGAUAGUGCUAAUUCGGUGUCCUGUGCCGGUGUUUGUGGUUCCAAGCAUCACACCCAUUGCACGGGGUUGUCCCGUGAUUCUACUCGUGAGCUUGGGCGUAAUAAUCAAUUGUUGUGGUUGUGCAAAACAUGUCACGAGUUUCGCAUUGGCACAAAUUCACUUCUCACAAGUGAGAUAGCAGCCCUACUCGAAUUGGUGAAAGCAGAUAUUCUCACCACAAUUGACUCAUCUCUCUCUUCUCUUAGAUCGGCUAUCAAGAGCGAUUUGCUUCCUGAGAUCCUCGCUCUCGUUGAUAAGCGAGCGCUAACACCCAUAUUAGCUAAGCCGUCUGUUAGCAACGCAUCGCGAUCGCACACAUCCACUAAUGUAUCGUCGCUCAAUGCCACAAAUACAUCCAGAACGACUAAAACAGCUUCCGCUCGCCGUACAUUUACUAACUCAACGGAGCUCACUGAUGAUAUCCAAGCUGCGAACGAUACCAACACUGUGGAUGAUUCUGACAACUGUAACCACUACAAUCAUCGUACUAAGCCGACUAGUGAUGUUAGUGCUGGAAACUAUCGAACAAAUACACAAGCAUCUUCUGAUCCUGUUUUGAACCAAAACACCACCAACACGGGCAUAGCCGAGAAAGUAUGGUUAUACUUCACGAACAUCAAAUCGCAUGUCUCGGCUGAUGAUAUGCGUGUGUGGCUUAAAGCUGUGCUACCAACGGACGAUAUUAAUGUUUACCGUCUCACGAAAAAGGGUGUGAACCUGGACUCGAUGUCCUUCAUAUCGUUCAAAGUGAGUGUUCCUAAAUCUCUUAAGGAGCUUGCGCUGCAGUCUACUAUUUGGCCAGUUUCACUUACUGUUCGGGAGUUUGUUGCUCGUGGCCUACCAAAGCAACGUGUACAUGAAAGGGCUCGAUUUGACCCUUCUGAGCUUAUUUCGCAUCGUACAAAUAGUGAAAAUUGCUCUUCAGCUGUGCCAAAAACUACCGCUCAUCCGGAUCAUUUUUUGGAACAUCGAUCGCCACCCCCACAGCGCGUGAUUCUAUCACCAUCCCAGAUGACCGAGAUCCUAGAGGCUAUUCAACUGGAGUUUCCUCCCACACCGCCUCAGUUAUCACCGGGGGUGGGGCUUCAAUCACAAUCCAAUCUCUGCAACACGAACCGCUCACCACAGAUCAGCCCGUUUGCCAAACGGAUAGCUCACAAUUAAUAGACCCAUUUGUGAUAUAUUACCAAAAUGUUCGAGGCCUUCGCACCAAAUACAAUGAAUUGCGCCUUUCUGCGAAUGAAUCAGGGUUUGAAAUGCUUGCCCUUACUGAAACCUGGUUAAAUGAAUCGAUUCCAUCCAACAUGGUCCUUGAUAGUGAUGCCUACAACAUAUACCGCUGUGAUCGAAGCAGGUUAAACAACGAACGUUCGCGUGGGGGUGGUGUGCUACUUGCAUGUUCCGUUCGAUAUCCUUCUGUGGCACUUAACAUUAAUCAACCCACGCUUGAAGCUUUAUGUAUACGUGUUUCUUUUUCUAAGUUUCGUCUUUAUGUGGGGAUUGUUUAUGUGCCACCGUAUUUGAGCAGCGACCGCAACUAUUUGGAAUCCCUUUCUGCUUUCAUCAGUGAUGCAUACAUGCAAAUGAAACCGAAUGAUCAUCUUAUCCUUCUGGGUGACUUCAAUCAACCUGCGUUAGAGUGGUCGCUUUCUACCGCAGUAAGGCCAGAUUCAUCUUCAGCUAUUAGACAUUAUGUGCCACAUAUUUCUUCGAAUACAUCCAGUUCCUGCUUUUUGGAUAUGUUAAA